AUGCCGACCUUUUGCGAUUUACCCACAGAGCUGCGCCAGCGCAUACUGGCCUUGGCCAUGCCAGAGUUAAACUAUAUUCGAAAGCCAUGGCCACGAAGCAUGUUUAACCUCAUGCACGUCAACCAACAACUAAGAAGCGACAUGGGUUUCGUGAUUGACUCAUGGUCGCCCAUACAUUAUGUCUCUCACUCACAAGAGAUCCUUCAGAUCCAAGACCUGUCAAUCAAGUUAUGCGGGCGAAGGCGAAGCCCGAAAUUCGAGCGCAUACGCCUAGACAUUUUCCACAGUGCGGACGCCUCUGUGAUGAGAGACACAUGCUACUACCGUUACCAUGAUUACUUCGGCGAAGCAGAUUACUGGCAAAAGUGGAACAACGCGAUCGCGAAAUUACCCUUGUCCGCAUCAGAGGUUUCGAUCGAUAUCACACCUGCCCCAGCGGAACUGCGUAAUCGACAUGACCUCGAGCUGAACUCUUUUGUCCACGACAGACGUGUGAAACAUUUCUUAGAGAGUCUCAGCGCAGAAGUUGCGGACCUGAUUCGCCUUCUCAACGAACACUAUCCGGGGCGCCAUUCUAUGCGUGCAACAGGGAAGCUGAGUGUAAAAUGCACGUUCUUCAUUUCGGCGCUGGAGCGCGAAUCUGGGGUCCCUAUUGAGUUCGAUGGUAUUUGGGUUUCCGGCGAAGAUAGCCGUUUCGCGGAUAUCAAUCUCGCUGCUAGACAGGUGGCUCGGACCGGAGUGGGUAGGAAAGCAGAACGGAAAGGGGCGAAGAAUCCACUUGCAUGGCUGCGCGACGUCCAAUGGUCCAGACAGACCUCAUGGACUUUUGCAAAGGUCGCACAACAUGGUGAAGAAGAGGCGGCUGUGCAAGAACUGCGAGUUUUGGCAGACUUCGCCAAAGAGGGUGGGAAAGAGCUCUUAGAGAUGGAUCCCGUGGGUGGAGUGAGGCGGGCCCUACAGCACAGAAUGGCGGAGGAUCUCGGGUUGAAGACUUCAUCCGAGGGUGAUGAUCCGGAACGGCGUGUAGUCGUUACGAAGUGA